AUGGAAACUUGGUUUUGGAUUCUUAGCUGGAUUCUGUCCAUUCUGACGAUAACUGGAAAUGGUUUCACCGUGCUUCUUGUGGGCAGUCGGCGUCGGCUUCGCACCAAAACCAACGCGCUGAUCGUUUCGCUUGCGGUGGCAGAUUUCUGUGUUGGGGCGUUCGUUGUUCCUUCACUGUUCUUCUGUCACAACAGAGGUGGCUGCAUUUGGCCUGGACCCUAUUCUUCCUGGGUGGAUUUUACAAGGUGGCUCUUUGCGUACGCCUCUACAAUGAACCUGUGCAGCUUGACACUUGAUCGGUAUAUGGCUGUUGCAAAGCCACUGAAAUACGUCACCUUCAUGACUGCGCGACGUGUUAUUCAAUUAACAUUUUUUUCUUGGUUUAUGCCUGUUUGUCUUGUUCUUUUUUCGUUUUUUUGGGAUUUAUAUGUAACAUUUCCUAAACGUAGAAUGGUCUUAAACGUAUGUUUUGCGCUCCUUGAGAUUUUUUUCACCUGCAUGUUAAUUUUCUGUUUUAUUUCCGUGGUAACAGUUGUAUACAAGCAAACUCGCUCAUCAGCCAUCUUGGCAAAACAGUUACGUUUCAACCACAGCGGUUUGACAAUCAACACACAUGAUAAAUCCGCAGUUGUGAUGUUGGCAAUUGUCGUAGGCUUCGCUCUAGUUUGUUUCGCAGUUUACUUUCGCUGUACCCUUCUCAUGUUUUUGGGAAAGAACUCUUCGUGUCCAAGUGACGUGAAAUAUAAAAUACCUAUGUUAGUUCUAAACUCUGCAAUUAACCCCUUGGCAUAUGCUUUCUUCAAGCGUGACAUUAAAAGGGCACUACAAGGAAAAUAG